CCCUUUAUAGUUGUCCCCGGUUCGACAUCCUGCGCUGCUGUGGUUCCACAACACGCACGUAUCUACACAGUUAACGUCAAACGAGCUGUCUUAAAAAAAAACUUUGGUGCCAUGAGUGCUGACAAUUGUGCUGGAAAUGUGUCUGUGCCUUUACGAAACAUCCUGAACUCCAUCCAGUGUAUCAGAGAUCGAGUCAGAGACGGAGAAUCCAAUGAGUCCGAUGGAGCGUUCAACCUCUCCAACUUCUGGGACACUCUGAACCAGGCGGUGAAGACCGUGUCCCAGGAAGCCACUAAACUCAGCCUGGCCUUCUCCAAACCUCCGCUUCCAUCACAACAGGAUGGAGAGAAGUUAGCAGAAUCCAUCAUGAAGAGUGUGCUGACUCUGUCGACAGUGUAUUACUGGCUACCUAAGAGCCAAGGUAUCAGUCUGCGCCGACAGGUCAGAGACGCCACGGUCGAGGUUCUGGAGGGAGUCGCACAGCUGGUGGAGGUCAUACUGAGCUCACCGCUACAGAGUCUGACCCAGGAACAGCUGACAUCAACAGGAAGUGUGUGGUCAGCCUGCGACCAGUUUGCCCAGUUGCCACAAGAUAAUAAGGGAGCGGUGCUGGUGGUUCUGUCCGCUCAGAUUGGAGUUGUGAAAGACGCCAUAGAAGAAAUUGAACAGGCGUUAUCCGAGGCCCACGACCCAUUCAGUGACGUCCUCGAUGACGACCAGGAAGGGGAGGAGCCUCGUGGCAACCAGGACACUUAUUGGUCGGAGAAAGACCGGUGCAUAAUCGGUCCGUGCCAGGGGCUGAUGAAAGCCUCUGCAGCGUGCCUGAGGAAGCUGACGUCGGCCGUCAAAGCCAACGGUGACGUUACCACAGCUCAGAACGUGGCUCAGCUCGACGACCUGGCCGACAUCACCAAGGAAAUCAGCCCUGGGUGCGUACACACACACACAGAAGUUCAUAUUAUCAUAAUGCUUUAGCGUGUCAACACCAAC